AUGGACUUCAACAUCCCUGAGAGUCUCGAACGCAUGGAGGCUCAGAUUGAUGGCCGCCAGUGUGAACUCCCACGCAAGUACCGCAUCGCAUUGGAGGAAGCAUGCCAGUAUGCCCGGGACAAUGGCCUCACCUGCGACUACGAGACAAUCCCUCGCCCUGAUGUGGAACGACUUGCUGCCAAACUCGUGUCUCCUUCGCCAGAUGUCGGUCCUGAUGGCCAGAUCAAACUUCUCCCGGGCUUUGAGAUUCCAUCCUCGAUCAGCGUCGACGAGAUCUGGGAUCUGACUGAGCAAUCGCUUAGGCUGAUCGAGGCAGCAUGCCAGAGACCCAGCGCCGAACAGAUCGACAUGCUGAAGCACCGAGUUCUUGGCCUCGGUGCUUCCAAGGGCCUCAAAGUUGAAAUGCCGCUUCUUCAAAGCGAUCCAAGCAGGGACUUGCGAGAUCUACUACGCAGCAUCGAGGUCGCAUUCAGCACACCUCUGAAAAGUCACCAUUUCCCGCUCGAGCCUGUCAAUACAGAGCGCGACGAGGGCCUCGAGUUUCCGAGCUCAUCUCGAAAGUUCGCACAGAGUAUGAUGCAGUCCAUCAAGGAAGAAACAUUGGAUGUUUCGAAAGAACUCUUGGUUUACAUAUCGGAGACUUUGAAGGAUGAUUGGUCCGCAGAGAAGCAACUCUCGUACAUCCAUGGCCAGAUUAAUUUCAACAAGAACCCCGGAACUGAACCUGUUACUCCUCCACUAAGCCCAAUGCCUGAGGAGCCUUCUCAUUUCAUACCAGAGGGAGAUGUAUACAAUGUGCCCAUACUAUCAGAUCCCAGUUCGACAUUGAGCAGCGAAUUGCAGGAGGCUGAGAAUGCCCUGGCCGUUCUUCAAGGCGAUGCAGAUAUCUUCGGUCCUGAUCAACUGAUAACCUCGCCGAGUCAGUUAUUCUCGGACAGCCAGUCAUCUCUACAGCUGUUGACAAGCACGCUACCGGAACGCAAUAAGUCCCAAGACCUGCGUGUCGAAGUCCCUCUGCUCCCCGAAUUCGAGAUUGAUGAGGAAACUGACCCUGCCGGCAUUCUGGAUCCUACUCGUGCUAUUGCCGCCGUUGCGAAGCAACACGCAGGAGAUGGUUUCGAGGAGGAAAUACGACGUACCAUGGGGGAAGACGGCACCAAAGAUGCAUUCGAGAACUUGAUCCGAGAAUCAGCAACCACGGUGAACAGAAGAGUUGAACAGGAGCAGCUCGAGCCCCUUGACUCGAUAUUACAAGUCAAAAUACCACUGGCGGACUUUUCGAUCGAGGAGCCAGCAUGGAAAGAACACGAAAAUGACCCUGAGGCCAUGUUCAAGUCCCUCCGUGCAUCCAACCCGGAGAUGUUCAGUGUUCGGGAGUGGCUAGACAAGAGGUCGGGCGAAAUGAACAUGGUGUGGAAGCCAAUGAAGGAUGUGAAGAUUACAGAGUUGUUUGAUGGCGCUCCAGAGAGCGCCAUUGACCAGUUUCUUGCGACUCGCGCCGAAUCCGAAGUGCCAACAAGUGCGAAUUACGUCUGGAAACGAGAGGGAUUGGCCAUAUUGCGUGAUGAUCGGUACGACGAUGACGAGGAGAUUCUUCCCGCCUUUUCGAUGAAGAAACCUAAGCGGGACUUGACGGAGCUUAUUCAGACCAAGAAGAGAAUGAUGGAUGAGGAAGGCUCAGCACAUCCGAGACACAGAGAGCAGCCUGACAGCAGCCAGAAUGGACCAGUCAACGGCCACAAUCAUGGAAUGCUGCUCGAUGAGGGUCUUCCGGCCGUGGGGCGACUCCUGGACAAUUAUCUUGAUCUACAUGCACCCAACAGACGCAAGAAAGCCAAGUUGGACCACCCGAACGUCGUUCGUCCGUCUAUCGAAGGCAGCUCGAGAGAGCCCCAGCAGAAGAACAAGGCCAUGGCGCGAGAGUGCUCCUCGAACGAGGUAAUUGCAGCUUGGAUACCGCCUCUCCAGCUCCCAGAACAGCCGCCCAAGGUCAUCGUCUCCCUCAAUCUCUCACGAGCAACUAUGCGACACAUAGAGAAAGUUAUUCCAGGAAUCGACAUUGUUGACCGCGACUACGACGCUUACAAUACGUCCCGAUGGAUUCCAGGAUCGACCUGCCGUUCAGAAGUCAUCUCCCCACUUGCCGCAGAGGCAGACGUAACCAUUUCCUCCAUAACCGGAGUUCUCCUGACCACAAUGGUCAAGGUCCGCCAGAAACCGGUGCCGGGCGCAAACGGGCAGUCGGUAAUUCGGAACCGAAUUGAGCGCGUGAGCGCCCGGUACGAGCGCCUCAUCGUGCUUGUUUCUGAGAACAGCAGAGACGAGAGCAUGAGCGAGAUGGCAUCUGCUGACGCCACCACCUUUGCCGAGUUUCAGGGCUACUUGGCAACUCUGGAAACGAGCGUGACUUCGUUCUAUGUUGGGGGCGGCGAGAAGGCGCUUGCAGGCUGGGUGGCUUGGUGCAUUUGCAGACACGAAGCAGAAGGCCGGCAAACCAAGAACUCCAUUCUUGAGGUCGAGUCCUUCUGGGAGCUCUUCCUUCGCAGGGCAGGGAUGAACGUCUACGCGUCUCAGGCAGUCUUGGCGACUUUGAGAGACCCCGGGCAGGCGUGCGAAGGGGAUGCUCCGACUCAAUCUGCGUUGGCUGCGUUUGUCAGGAUGACCCCGGCAGAGCGGUCACUGCGAUUCUCGAUGAUGAUGGGAGGUACAAGAGUACUAAAGAGGGUUAGCGAGGCUAUUGAUCCUAGCUGGCAGUGA